AUGGAGCCCGAAGCUGUUCUAGCUCUCUUCGAUUCUCUCUGGUUCUCUCCCGAAAUCCUCAAACACCAAUCGCAAACCUCGUCCUAUUCCCCCUUACCUGAAGAAAAUUCAUUUCCACAGUUGAGGAGAGUCCGCACCAGAUCGAAAAGUGUGGAUAUUCUGUCGCUGUCGUCCGACAACAGCACCGAUUUCACCUCUCCAGAUUCUCUGACGAUCGAACCCUGCCUCCAAACCAUACUCUCGCAGAAAGAAUUCCUUCCGAAAACCCCUAGGUUGAAGAAGCAGAGCACGAACAAGUAUAGGAAUAAAGCCUCGAGCAAGAGCAUGUCGGAAUUGGAGUUUGAGGAGUUGAAGGGGUUUAUGGAUCUAGGAUUUGUGUUUUCCGAGAAGGACAGGGAUGAUCCAAAUCUGGUGGAGAUAAUUCCUGGCCUGCAACGAUUGGGAAGACCUAAUUGCGGCGAAGAAGAGAAGAAACUUCCUAGGCCGUAUCUGUCAGAAGCAUGGCAACAAGAUAAUUUCCAUCUUCCUAUUCCUCCUCCUCCUCCAUUGAUGAAAUGGAGAGUCCCUGAAUUGAACAGUGAGAUUGAUAUGAAAGAUAGUCUGAAAUGGUGGGCUCAUACUGUUGCUUCUGUUGUUAGAUGA